AUUAUAUCAAUUUUUCAUGUUCAUUUAUGUUGCAUUAAAUUCAAAAUUUUUAAUAUGAACUACAAAUAUUUGCAUUUGAAUAAAACUACCAGUCAAGUUCAUAUUUCCUCAAGGACAACUGUGACGAUUGAACAGGACUGUACUUAUCAGAUAACAGUGACAUGAUUACAUUAAUGUACACACACUCUUUGUUGUUGAAAAUAGCAAUAUAACUUUCCUUUUAUCAAAUGUGACCUUGCCAGUUGCCAAGUAAACACAUAUAGUCUGUGUUCACAUAACAUCAGAAUUAAUCACACAUAAGUGAUAAAGUUGAAAAGCAGCUCUCCUAGAUUUCAGCUUACAAUAUAAUACUGUAACUAUCUAGUCUACGACACACUUCUACAAGCGAUUCAGAGCUCAGCUCUUUCCACAAUAACGAAAGCAGAUUGUUGAUGGCAGUAAUGUAACACAACAAUGCCGAGUAAACAGAUGACGCAACAUAGUUCUUAGGUAUUCCCAUUUGGAUACAUGCCAUGGGUCCCCACGUGGCUGUGAUUGGAGCUGGGAUUAUUGGACUGAGUACAGCUGUAUUAGCUCAAGAGAAAAUUCCAGGACUGCAAGUGACCAUCAUCUCCGAUCACUUCAGCCCUCAGACCACAGGUGAUGGCUCUGCUGGACUCUGGCUGCCAUACUGUCUCAAACAAACACCUCAAAGCGACAUUCUACACUGGUCCAGCAAGACGUAUAAUCACAUGCUGAAUUUAUGGAAAAGCCCUGAAGCAGGAGAUGUUGGAGUAUCACUGAUUCCUUACUAUAAACUAACAAAGAAGGCAGGAGGAGCAGAUAUGGAACAGCCAGAAUGGACCAAAGUUCCAGUAGCACAUCAUAUUAUUAGCAGCCACCAAGCGCAGAAAUUAUCAUCGGACAAUGAUUCCAAACUCACAGGCGGUGUACAUUUCAUCUCGUUUACACUUGAGCCAUCAUACUUUCUGCCGUACCUGUUAAAGAAGUUUAAGCUUAAUGGAGGGAAGGUGUUGCAUCGUAAGGUGGAGAACCUCCACGACCUCUGUGGGCAACAAUAUGACGUUGUGAUAAACUGCAGUGGUGUGCAAGCACGCAACCUAGUAGGUGACAAUUCAGUUCAGCCAGUGAGAGGCCAGGUUUUAAGGGUGAAAGCACCAUGGGUGUUCCACGCAGUUUUAGAAGACAAAGACGAAGGAAAUUACAUUAUACCAAAUGAAGAGUAUGUGGUUCUUGGUGGAACACAACAGGAAGGAAACUGGAACACAAAACCGGAUCCAACCGAUUCAAUAGCCAUUCAUAAAGGAUGCUGCAAACUUAUUCCAGGGCUGAAAGAAGCUGUGAUCAUGAAAGAAUGGGCUGGUCUUCGUCCUGGCAGACCCAAAGUGCGUCUUGAAAGGGAAUGCAUAAGUGACGAGUAUGGAAACGCAUUAGAGGUAAUCCAUAAUUAUGGCCAUGGAGGAAGCGGAGUCACACUCAGUUGGGGGUGUGCCCAUGAUGUAGCAGAAAUUCUACAAGAUGUUCUCUACAAUCACCCUUCUUCAGUGAAGCUUAGCUCUAAACUGUGACCAUUAUUUUUGGAUGUUAUUUCAGGAUUUGAGGUUUUCACAGCAGUGAAGAUAAUGAUAAUAUUCUUCUGGGUUUUGGCACUGUGUAAAAUCAUCAUUAGAUGCCAACAUUUUGGAGAAACAUAUUUUCUCCACUUUCAGGGCUGAAGCAAUGAUGCUAUAAAGUUUUAAACACAAUAUCGUUGGCAUUUCGUUUGUACUUGGUUUGCCAUGAUGAGUUUAGGGAUACAGUUCUGAUUCUGAUUUAAAUGUAAUUUUUUAUACAAAUAUAAUAUGUGCAGGAAUGGGUA